AUGGUUAACAUCUAUUCCACAGGUAUUUUUCCCGAUUCGCUAAUUAUUCCCCCCACCUGGACCGAUAUGUCAGUCAGUAUACUAGUAUAUAUUGUGAAUUAUAUUUUACGAGCAUGUGCAUAUACCUAUACCUACAUAAUAUUAUCAUCAUCGCAAGCGUGCAAAGGUGGCAGCUGCAUUAUUUCCUAUUAUACUGCACUCAUUAUAUUACAACCGCUGUCGUCCGUAUAUACGAAUAUCAAGGAGGCAGCUGUUUCGUUUCCGUCUCUCAUCGUCCACAAACGGUUUUAGUCUAGUUCCUGUGUUGGUAACCGUCAACUACUGCGCGCGUAAUACAAACCGGCGCGCUAAACAACUAAUAAGUUAUAUAAAAUAAAAAAUAAACGAAAUACUUGUUUAAACAUUUUUCGAUGAUCAUUUUUAGUACUUCUUAACACAAUAUAUGAAUUUGAAUUCAUUAUUAUUAUAAUAUUAUCGUUAUUAGCAUUCUGCAGCACUGGUCUCUCAUGUAUCGUAUAUGUACACCGCAAUGAGUACUAAUCAUAGUAUUCUCAAAUACGAGUAGCUCAACCACGAACACAUAUUUUAUCGGUAAUUUUCAAAAGUUGCUGACAUUUAAUAAUUUAAUCGAAUUCACUAAUUUGUGGGGAUGACAGAAGGAUUUAAAUCAAAGGAUAUUAUUUUGCAUGCCCAAAAAAAAUUCUUAGGCAAAGUCACCAACAAAAAUGUUAUAAAACUAUUCAUCGAUGAACGAAACGCAAAUGUUUUGGAUAAUUUGUAUAGACUAGCAAAGAUAUAUACGGGAAAUAAAAAAGAAUCAGAAAAACUUACGAAGAACUUAAUAAAAAUAAUUGUUAAACUAGGUAUAUUAUCUAGGAAUGAUCAAUUCGAUAGUAAUGAAUUGAAAUUAGCCGAAAAUUUUAAAGAAAAAUUUAGAGAAUUAAUUAUGAUUACAGUUAGUUUUUACGACAUCGAAUUCAGUUAUGACAAAAAUUAUUUGCUUAGUUAUUUAUUUAAGUGCAGAGAUAUGUUAAAAGAAUUGACUAAAAGACAUUUAACAGAUAAGUCAUUAUUCCGAAUCGAUAAAAUUUUUGAUUUUUUUUCAAAUCCUAAAUUUUUAGACUCUGUAUUUAUCAAACGAGAUAUUGAACUAGCUGAAACAAUGCACAUUUUAAUAAACGGGUUAAAAGAAUUAUUGGAUAGAGACUUGUAGGUACCUACUAAAUCAAAAAUUAAAUGUAUAUAAUUAUUAUUUGUAUUUAAAAUUCACUUAUAUAUCGUUGAAGUUCUACAUUAAAUUUGUGUAUAAAUUAUUUCUGAAAUGUAUUUAUUACAUAUACUAUUAACAUAAUCUUUAGAGACUAAAAAAUGUUAAGUUUUUACAGCUUCUCAUUUUAUAGGUACUUCUUUAUUUGCAAUGACCAAAGAAUUGGCAUGAGAAAAGUUUCACCGUACAUGAAAAUCUAAAUUAACAGUUAAGAAAAUGAUUGAGUGUCAGUAUAAAUAAAACACACAUAUUAUUUAAAUAUUA